AUUUUCUUACUGGUCUUUCUCUUCUUCCUUGUCUGACUCUGUAGAAUUUUCUCUGCAGACAAACAACACGGACGAAGAGAAAGAAACGAACCGUAAACCCUAGACAAAGAUACACCCUGAGCUCGUAGCCGUGUCGUAUCAUCUCAUCAGAUGGAGUCUCUUUCGCGUCCUCUCCACAGAAGAAAGCUAUCCAAUGCGAAUAGCUUCUCAUUCUCUGCUAAAAACGCGUACGACGGCGUUUUUGGAUGUCCGCCGAAGCUCGGAGCUCCAAAUAACAAGCCUCGCGUCCAGGAGUAUAGUGAGAUUUUUGGUGGCUCACGUGGUUCUUCGAUUCCGAUUCUUGAGGUUCCGGCUCUGGAUGAAGCUAAUGUUUCGGCCGAUUUUCGGAGGUCGAAAGUCGAUUACUCGAAAGUUUUCUGUGAUUUUAGAAAUGAAGAUGUUUCUGUGUCUUACGACGAAUUGUUUGGUGGAGCGAAGAGAGACAAAAGUUCAUCUGGUAAAUCACGAUCUCCACCUGAAACAGGAUCUCCCUUGCAAGGAUCAGAUCGUUUCAAUAGUUCUGAAAAGAGUCGAGGACUCUCAUCUGAAUCAUCUGAACAAACUUUUAAUGGCGUCAAGUUAUUUAACAUGGCUUACCAUAAGACCAGCCAAAGAAGCAAAGAUGGGACGAAUGGCACAACACACAUAGCUCAACUCCAUGCUAUUCCUGGAUUUACUCGUUUUAUGGAGGAAAUCAAUCCUCUGCAGAAGGCAGAAGGUGAUAAGCCAGUUCCCUCAGUUAAAAGUGAGGUUCGUCGCAACAAGACUUUCAGUGAGGGAGUAUCCGAAGAAAAACAUGGCAGGAAGACCACGGCAGAUCUCCCUAGCAAACAAACUUCCAAAGGCUUGGAAAAGGCUAAAGGUGGAUUUAGUUCGGAUGGAUCCUAUUCAAAUGAUAAGUUAUUAAAUGCACAUCAAAUCAACCUCAAAUCACAUCCUUCUAAAGAGCUGCCCGCUUCAAGUCCUCCGUGCAAUCCAAGAGAUCAGUCUAAAGUGUUACAUGAUAACAAGGGCUAUGUUAAGAGAUCAAUGACUUCCAGUUUCGUUCCCAGGAGUGAUGCUUCUGAAGGUACUUCUGGUGAUUGUUCACCACCUUUCUUUGAUGAGGAAGUUGAUGAGAACUCAGUUGCUGCUGCCUCUGCAGCUGCUUUGAAAAAGGCCAUAGAGAAAGCUCAAGAAAGUAUAAGAAUUGCAAAAGAAUUGAUGGAAAGGAAAAAGGGAGGUCUUCAAACUUGUUCAAAGCCCAGUUCUAAGGGUAGCUUGAAAGUUAAGGAUAAAAGAGAGACUAGACUUCCUCAUGAAUCAAACAGAAUUAAAGAGAAGAAUGCUGAGGAACCAUGUGAAAGAGUGGCAGCUGUAUCGCAAGUUUUUGCUGGCAUGGAAAAGAAAAUUGCAUCUAAGGCUGAUAUAUUUGCUCCAGAUUUCAAAGACAUUGAAAAACUUCUUAUUGCUAGAAAGGUUGCAGAAGAUGAGCAUGAGGAAAAUCCAGAAUCAGCUGAAGAAUGUGAAGCGGCACCAUGGUUUUCUGAACUGGUAGGGAGGCCAAGAGCACCAACUGUGGCAUUUGAGUUGGCAGAUAGCAUAAAACAUGAACAUGAAGAAAAUAAAAAAUCCAAAACUGCCCAAGAGGAUAAAGAAACUUGGGGGAAGCAAAAAGAUAUCAGUGAACAAAAAGAAUGUGAGGAGAAAUGGAAUGAGUCUCAGAACACUCUAAAUGAUGUUAAAUUUGAGUCCCAAGAGCAGAUGCAGAACAAUUAUGAUAAAGGACUAAAUAGAACCCACGAGCUGAUGGAAAAAGAAAAGACAUGGCAAGAGGCUCCUGAGCAAGAACAAAUUGAGAUGAUAAUAGAAAUUGUCCAUGAGAAUGAAGACUAUGAAAGCGUACACAGAAAGAUUUGUGAUGAAGAAGAAAUUGAGAAGAGACCUAACGAGGUUUGUCAAUGCGUGGAACAUGAAAAUAUGCUGGAAGAGCAUUGUGAUGGUCAAAGCAAUGACAUAAAACAAAAAGAGGCCCAAAAGGCAGAACACACUAAGAAGACGUUGGACAAGAUUCAUCAGCUAAUUGAUGGGAAGAGACCAACCGAUUCUCAUGGUGGGGAAGAAAGUGAGAAGAUACCAGAAGAAGAGUAUGAGUCGGAAAGAAGUGACACAAGACCAACCGAAGGUUCCAGAUAUGUAGAAACAGGGGCCCAAAGGGCAGAAGACACUGAGAAGAGGUUGGACGAAGUUCAUCAGAUAAAAAUUGAUGAGAGGAGACCAACCAAUUUUCAUGGCGGGGAAGAAAGUGAGAAGAUACCAGAAGAAGAGUAUGAGUCGGAAAGAAGUUACACAAGACCAACCGAAGGUUCCAGAUAUGUAGAAACAGGGGCCCAAAAGGCAGAAGACACUGAGAAGAGGUUGGACGAGGUUCAUCAGAUGAAAAUUGAUGAGAAGAGACAAACCGAUUCUCAUGGUGGGGGAGAAAGUGAGAAGAUACCAGAAGAGGAGUAUGAGUGGGAAAUAAAUGACACAAGACCUACCGUGGGCUACAGAUAUGGGGAAGAAAGUGAGAAGAUACCAGAAGAGGAGUAUGAUGACACAAGACCUACGGUGGGCUACAGAUAUGCAGAAAUGGGGACCCAAAAGGAAGAAGACACUGAGAAGAAGUUGGACGAUGUUCAUCAGCUGAAAAUUCAUGAGAAGAGUCCCACUGAUUCUCAUGGUGGGGAAGAAAGUGAGAAGAUACCCGGAGAGGAGUAUGAGUGGGAAAGAAAUGACACAAGACCUAUUGGGGGUUACAGAUAUGUAGAAAUAGAGAGUACUCUGAAAGAGAGUGAUCAGAGGAAGGAAAAAGAAAAGGUAGAAAUGACUCGGAACACUGAAUGCGAAUUGGAUUUUGAUUCUUUUUGUGAUGCAGGUAUGCAUGAUGCAAGUAAAGACACAUGUGAGGGUAAACAAGCUUGCACGGAUGAAGUACAUUAUAAAAAUAUGGAAGCAAGAGAAGAGGUAAUUGCACGUAAAGGAAAUGGGACGAUACUGGGAGUUACUGAAACGUUUUGUGAGUUCAAAGAUGUUGAAAAGGAGGCAGAAGCAGUUAAAGUGGCAUGCAAACUGAAGGAAAAAGAGGUGUUUGAAAAAGCUGGAUUGUCUCAAAGUGCUACUGAAGGAACUGAGAUCAAGAACAAUAUGAGAGAUGCCUCUGAGGCCCUUCCUUCUGAUGACAAUUCACCUGAGAAGGCAGAAGUGACUCAGAAUGUAGUUUACGGAAGGAAUUUUGAUACGGUUUAUGAUGCUGGUAACCGUGAUGCAAGUAACAACAUAAGUGAGAGUCAAGAAGCUUGCAAAGAUAAAGUGCAUGAUAACAAUGUGGAAACAAUAGAAGAAGUAAUUGCACAUGUAGAGAAUGACAAGAUACUGGGAGUUACUGAAGCUUUUUGUGAGUUCAAAGGGGUUGAAAAGGAGACAGAAACAGCUAAAGUAGCAUAUAAGCAGGAGAAAAAGAAGGUGAUUGAACCAGCUGGCUUAGUUCAAAGUGCUGCUGAAGAGAAUGAGAUCAAGAGCAAUAUGGUAGAUGCUUCUGUGGCCCUUCCUUCUGAUGACAAUCCAUCAAAUUUUGGUUUAAAUGACAUGAACUUUGGACCAAAACGAAUUGAGAAAAAUGACAAAGAAUUUCAAUCAGCCUCUGAACAUGAUAAUAGGACUGAGACAUUGGUUCAUGAAUCUGGAGGAAACACAGAAAAUGUCAAGGAGAAUGAACUAGCCUGUGAUCAGGAAGUACAAGAAAAUAAUUGUGAAACAGCUCAUGAGGAAAGAGAAUGGGUGCCAAAUAAGGAGAAAUUGGUAGAAUCUCAACUGCCUGGUGUAGCUGAAGGGAAAGAGAAAACAAUGGAAAUUCGCGAAGAGAUCAAAAUAAGCAGAAAUAUGGAAAAAGAGGAGAAUUUUGAUGAACCUUUUGCAAUGAAAGAGAAGGAAACCAAGGAAACUGAGCAAAAAGAAGUGGAGGAAAAAGAAUACCUUAGGACAACUGCUGAAACAAACAACAGGGAAAGAGCAGAAAGGGAUAAGACAAUGAGAAGACACUGGGAGAAAGAUAGAAUAGCCGUUGAAAGAGCCAUUCGCGGAGCUCAACUACCUAGUGUAUCUGAAAGCAAGGAGAAAACCAUGGAAAUUGAUGAAGAGAUCAAAACAAGCCAGAAUUCAGAAAAGGAGGAGGAGAGUAGUAAUAACUCCUUCAUAAUGGAAAAGAAGGAAAGUAAGGAAACUGUGCAAAAUGAAGUGGAUGCAAAAGAACAGGUUGGGGAAGCUGAUGAAGCAAACAAGAGGGAAAGGGCAGAAAUGGAGAAGACACAGAGAAGACACUGGGACAAGGAUAGAGUGGCUGUUGAAAGAGCCAUUCGCGAAGCUCGUGAAAGGGCAUUCACUGAAGCUCGAGAAAGGGCAGAAAGGGCUGCUGUGGAGAGAGCAACUGCUGAAGUUCGACAGAGAAUAAUGGCUGAGCCUCGAGAAAAGAUUGAGAAGCCUUCUACAGCUACUAAAUCAUCAGCUGACAAAACUUCCACAGAAGCCAAGCUUAGAGCCGAGCGUGCUGCAGUAGAAAGGGCUACUGCAGAGGCUCGGGAACGCGCUCUAGAAAAAGCAAUGUCCCAAAAGGCUACCUCUGAGGCAAGAGCACAAUCAGAAAGACUUGUCACUGAGAAGUUUUCUGGUGCUUCCAGAGAUAGCGGAAUGAGGCAGAGCUCUUCAUCCGCUGAUUCACUGAGAUUUGAUGGAACUAAUAAUGAAUCAGCUCAAAGGCGGAAAGCAAGGUUAGAGAGGCACCACAGGAUAAUGGAGCGUGCGGCAACAGCUUUAGCAGAGAAGAAUAUGCGUGAUGUUCUUGCUCAGAGAGAGCAAGCUGAAAGAAAUAGACUAGCAGAAGCACUUGAUGCUGAUGUAAAGAGAUGGUCUAAUGGGAAGGAAGGGAACUUGCGCGCAUUGCUUUCAACAUUGCAAUAUAUUCUUGGGCCUGAUAGCGGUUGGCAACCAAUCUCCCUAACAGAUCUUAUAACAACUAUUGCCGUGAAGAAAGCUUACAGGAAGGCAACUCUUUAUGUUCAUCCUGACAAGUUGCAGCAAAGGGGUGCAAGCAUUCAGCAAAAGUAUACAUGUGAGAAGGUUUUCGAUCUUUUAAAGGCGGCUUGGAACAGAUUCAACUUUGAAGAGAGGUAAAAAGGAGGAAAGGUGCACAAGCUGUAUCUUGUAUUCUUCACAUUUAUUCCAUGUAGUUGCUGUAGUUAGGUUAGUGUAAUCAGAUCCUGUAGAUACACUGAGCAAACUGCAAACUUAAUUCUAGUCAUUUGAUACAUUUUCUGAAAGCAGGAUGUAAUUCCAUUGAUGGGCUGGUGCCCUCCAUUAGAGGUCACUAUUUUGAACGUUUACUGGGGAGGGAGCAGUGAGGUUCAAAUCCGCAACUUAACAGUCAAACAACAGGCUGCAGUGGCAAUUAAGCCAUCCACUCAUUUAGAGGAGGGCAAAAAUGAAAGACAGUUCUCUUUUAGUUCCAUUAAUUUAAUGGAAAACAAACAUGUAGGAUACCGC